UCCAUCCACCGGAUAUGAGCUGUAGAAGAAGAGCGGUCCCUUCUCAUUUGCGCUUGAAAAGAACCGUAGAAGAAGUCAGUGACGCUCUCGUGCUAGUCAAGGCUGCUAACUAGCUACCUGACACGGAAACGCGUCAAAUCGUAAAAGCAGUGCAUCUUUUUCCUUCACCAUGUCCGAGGGUCGGAUCUAUGUCGGGAAUCUUCCUAUGGACGUCCAGGAGAGGGACAUCGAGGAUCUCUUCUACAAAUAUGGAAAAAUCCGUGAGAUUGAAUUGAAGAACAACCGAGGCACUAUCCCAUUUGCUUUUAUCCGAUUUGAAGACCCACGGGAUGCAGAUGAUGCGGUCUAUGGAAGGAAUGGAUAUGGAUAUGGAGACUCCAAACUGCGUGUGGAGUAUCCUCGAUCCUCUAGUAAAUUUAAUCCAAUGGGAGGUGGUGGUGGCGGUGGUGAUAGAGGAGGAGGACCCAGAGGAAGAUUUGGACCCCCAACACGGAGGUCUGAAUUCCGUGUUGUAGUGACCGGAUUACCACCAAGUGGCAGUUGGCAGGAUCUGAAAGAUCACAUGCGCGAGGCAGGCGAUGUCUGCUUUGCCGACGUACAGCGGGACGGUGAGGGCGUGGUGGAAUUCCUCCGCCGAGAGGAUAUGGAUUAUGCAUUACGCCGACUGGAUCGCACAGAGUUCCGUUCUCACCAAGGUGAGACCGCUUACAUCCGCGUCUACGAGGAUAGGGGUACCCCCAACUGGGGUCGCUCGCGGUCCCGCUCCAGAUCCAGAGGCCGCUUUUCCCCGCCCUACCGAGGAUCGCCGCCGCCUCGCUACCAGUCCCCUCCACGCAUGUCACGCCAUAGUCCACCUAGGAGAUCCUCCAACCACAGCCCACCGCCUCGUCACUACCGCUAAAGGCCCAGGAUUCGUUGAGGAAAUCAAGGAGAAUUCUCUUUUGAUUUUGAUGGUUUUUUUUACCGCCGCUGCCAUCGUAAGACUCGUUGUUUCUUGCUGCAUACAUUCCGUGGCUAGUCCCUUUCAUUUUCUUUGUUUAAUUUUAGAACUCUCGCGUCUUGUGGAGUUUUGAUCCAUAGUAAAUGUUGACAUCAGUUUUCGCACUGUUAAAGCAUCAAACAGUUCUGCAGCUUUACCUUAUCAAACUGUUUUCAUGAAGAAUCUGAUGUUAAAAUUCUGAUUUAGUACAAAUUGGUCAAACCUUUCAAUUUUUGACAGUGCAUGCCGUAUUGUUUUUUUAUGUGUUUGAAGUAGGUGAAAUUAUCAUUUUGUGUGAAUCUUUUGUCUUCAAAUAAAAUCUUAAUUUACCCUA